AGCGGAAGCACGGAUAAAGCGGUCGCACGUUUACCCCUUCCUUCGGAACCGACUCUGCUCUCCCGGCGAGGCGGCGGCGUCGCGGUCGCGGCCGGGGUCGACGAGAGCGCGGUGUGUCCGUGUUCGGCCGGUCACGCCAUGUCGAGCGAGGAGGGCCAGCUCAAGACGCGGGUGUCCGACCGUCUGAUGGCGCUCGUGGGCUACUCCGAGGUCAUGGUGGUGCGCCUGGUUCUCCGCCUCGCGCGGGAGAGCGCCUCGGCGGCCGACCUCGCGGCGCGCCUCGUCGACCUCGCCGGCCUCCCCUCCUCCGCCGACACCGUCGCCUUCGCGGAGGACGUGCACGCCAUGUUCCCCCGCCAGGGCUCCCGCGUCAGCGAGUACCGGAAGCAGGUGCAGGAGGCGGCGGCGUUCGCCAAGAGGCAGAGCGCCUUCAAGCUGCUCGACGAUGAGGACGAUGUCGCUGAAGACGCCGGCGCCACCGCCAUCGACACCGCGUCGUCCUCUAACACCAACAGCAACAAGCGUUUCAGGCAGAAGGCCGCGAGCCAAGGGGACGACGACGGCGAGGAGGAGGCGACUGUAAUGCGCGAUUCUGGGCGGAAAGUGCGAGCGCGGCGUGCUCCCGCGAAGGACGGCGGCAAUUCUUGUGGGGAGGAACUAGAGGAGAUGGACCGUGACCAGAUCGAGAAGGCUCAGCUCGACCAGCACAUCAGAGAACGCGACGCGGCCAGCACUAGGAAACUGACGGACCGGAAGCCGUCCAAGCGAGAACAGGGCGAGCUCGCCCGGCGGUCCGAGGCGAUGGACAGGGGCGACACCUCGGAGCUCAGGACGGCCUCGCGGCAGGCCUACCUGGAAAAGCGGAAGAAGAUGAAGGUGGAGGAGAUGCGAGACGAGAUCGUCGACAACGAGCUCAUCUUCGACGGCGUGAAGAUGACCAACGCCGAAGAGCGGGAAUUCAGGCGCAAGAAGGAAAUCUACGACCUUGUCAAGGACCGCGUCGGAAAGGACGCCGACGCCGGCGAAUACUACAGGAUGCCAGAGGCAUACGAUGCCGCAGAAAACGUGGAUCAGGCCAAGCGGUUCGCCGUUCCGAGGCAACGGUACGAUGACCCCGAGGCGGCGGCGAGAGACGGCAAGAGGAGCAAUUUCUUCUCGGAGCAGGAGGCCUGGGAAGAGCAGCAGAUAAGGAAGUCUCGGCUGCACUUUGGAUCAGGUGAUGGUGUCCCGGCUGGCGGCGGCUACGAGCUCGUGUUGGAAGACAUGGUCGACUUCGUCAAGUCGACGGUGCAGGCCGGCGCCGAGCCGGACGGCGAGAUGGACGAACUGGCCGAGGCCGUCGACGCCAAGGUCACAUUACAGCGGGAGCUGCAGAACGAGAGGAAGAAUCUGCCCGUGUACAAGUUCAAGGACGAUCUGCUCAAGGCCAUCGAGAAGUACCAGGUGCUGAUCAUCGUCGGAGAGACCGGCUCCGGCAAGACCACGCAGAUACCGCAGUACCUCCACGAGGCCGGGUACACGGCCAAGGGGAAGAAGAUCGCGUGCACGCAGCCGCGGCGCGUGGCGGCGAUGAGCGUGGCGGCGAGGGUGGCGCAGGAGCUGGGCGUCAAGCUCGGGCACGAGGUCGGCUACUCCAUCAGGUUCGAGGACUGCACCUCGGACAAGACGAUGAUCAAGUACAUGACGGACGGGAUGCUCCUGCGGGAGUUCCUCGGCGAGCCGGACCUGGCGAGCUACAGCAUGGUGAUCGUGGACGAGGCGCACGAGCGCACGCUCUCCACCGACAUCCUCUUCGGCCUGGUCAAGGACAUUGCGCGCUUCCGGCCGGACGUGAAGCUGCUCAUCUCCAGCGCAACGCUCAACGCCGAGAGGUUCAGCGACUUCUUCGACGAGGCCCCCAUCUUCAAGAUCCCCGGGAGACGGUACAAGGUGGACAUCCACUACACCACGGCGCCGGAGGCGGACUACAUCGCCGCCGCAGUGGUCACGGUCCUGCAGCUGCACGUCAAGCAGCCCGCCGGCGACAUCCUGCUGUUCCUCACGGGGCAGGAGGAGAUCGAGACGGUGGAAGAGCUGCUGAAGCAGAAGAUGAUGACGGUCGGCAGCAAGAUUGCGGAGCUGGUGAUCUGCCCGAUCUACGCGAACCUGCCCACCGAGCUCCAGGGCAAGAUCUUCGAGCCGACGCCGGAGGGCGCCCGCAAGGUGGUCCUGGCCACCAACAUCGCCGAGACGUCGCUGACCAUCGACGGGAUCAAGUACGUGAUCGACCCGGGCUUCUGCAAGCUCAAGUCGUACAACCCGCGCACGGGCAUGGAGUCGCUGCGCGUGGAGCCCAUCUCCAAGGCGUCGGCGGACCAGCGCGCCGGCCGGUCGGGGCGCACGGGCCCGGGCAAGUGCUUCCGCCUCUUCACGGAGUACAACUUCAGGCACGACCUGGACGACGACACGGUCCCGGAGAUCCAGAGGAGCAACCUGGCCAACGUGGUGCUGCGGCUCAAGGCGCUGGGCAUCAACGACCUGGUGGGCUUCGACUUCAUGGACCCCCCGGCGUCGGAGGCGCUGCUCAAGGCCCUCGAGGAGCUCUUCGCCCUCGGCGCGCUCAACAGCCGCGGCGAGCUCACCAAGACCGGGAGGCGGAUGGCGGAGUUCCCCCUGGACCCCAUGCUCUCCAAGGCCAUCGUGGCGUCGGAGAAGUACGGGUGCUCCGAGGAGGUGGUGACCAUCGCGGCCAUGCUGUCGGCCGGGAAAGCCUUCUUCUACCGGCCCAAGGACAAGCUGGUGCUCGCCGACACGGCGCGGCAGGCCUUCCACGCGGGCAACGUCGGCGACCACGUGGCGCUGCUCAACGUGUACAACGCGUGGAGGGAGUCGGGCUACUCGUCGCAGUGGUGCCGCGAGAACUUCGUGCAGCCGCGCACCAUGAAGCGCGCGCGGGACGUGCGGGACCAGCUGGAGGCGCUGCUGGAGCGGGUGGAGAUCGAGCACUGCUCCGGCGCCGGCGACCUCGACGGGAUAAGGAAGGCGGUCACGGCGGGGUACUUCCGCAACGCCGCGCGGCGGCAGAAGGACGGGUCGUACCGUGCCGUCAAGAGCCGGCAGACGGUGUUCGUGCACCCGAGCUCCGGGACGGCGGAGCUGCCGCCGACGUGGGUGGUGUACCAUGAGCUGGUGCUGACCAGGAAGGAGUACAUGCGGCAGGUGACGGAGCUCAAGCCGGAGUGGCUGCUCGAGAUCGCGCCGCACUAUUACCAGCGCAAGGACAUCGACGGGCACGAGCCAAAGAAGAAGGCCAAGGAGAAAGGUCCAGCGACGAGGCAGACCUGAACCUCGACAAUAUUUCAACCUAGAAAUCCUGGAAUUCAAUUUUGUGUAUAAAGAUUAUUCUCUCCAUUUCAAAUUAAUUUUAGUAUGUCCCCAAA